AUGAACCGUUUGUUCGGAGGCAGAAGCAACGAACCCAAGCCCAAUCUCAAUGAUGCAAUCAAUAGUAUCGAGGAACGUGUCUCGUCCAUCGAUGUCAAACUCACCAAAGUCAACACUGAGCUCUCUACUUAUCAGCAGAAGCUUUCUCGUAUGAGAGAUGGUCCUGCUAAAAACGCUGUUAAACAGAAGGCGAUGAAGCUACUUAAACAACGUAAACAGCUGGAAGCCCAAAAAGAUCAAUUGGAAUCACAAUCUUGGAACAUGUCUCAAGCUUCCAUGACCACGGAUAAUCUCAAAAACACAAUGAUCACAGUCAGUGCCAUGAAGUCUGCCAAUAAAGAAUUGAAGAAAACGUACGGUAAGAUUGAUAUUGACAAAAUUGAAUCUUUGCAAGACGAAAUGCUUGAUCUGAUAGAUAAAUCUAAUGAGUUGCAGGAUUCAUUGGCCCAAAGUUAUGACGUUCCUGAUGAUAUAAGUGAAUCUGAACUUGAUGCGGAACUAGAUGCUUUAGGAGAGGAGAUGGACUUUGAUGCCGAAUUAGGUGAGUCAAAUGGAUUACCUAGCUAUCUACAGAACAAUGAUGAACUGCCAACAUUUGUUGAUGACGAACAAGAGAAAAAGGAAGAAGUGGCUGCCUGA